AUGGGACAAAUCAAUUAUGCGCCUCUGCCAAUGAAAUUGAACCGCGAUGAUAUCAUAGGUUCCUGAAUUGUAACUUUCCCGAUUCAAACCCUAACCCUAAUCCUACGCGCCUAAAAUGGAUCCUCCGACCAAGAUCGAAGACCCUCGAGCUGACGCCAAUGGCGACAACAACCACGUUUCCAAGAAGCCGAAGCUUUCCUUCAUAUCUGAACCCGAAAUUCGGCAAGAGUUUGCCCAUCACAAGCCUGGCAUCGCCCGUAUAAAUAACGGCAGCUUUGGAAGCUGCCCAGCCUCCAUCAUCGCUUCCCAGAAGCGAUGGCAGCUCCGCUUUCUCCAGCAGCCUGACGACUUCUUUUUCAAUCAUCUGCAGCGGCAAAUCCUCCAUUCCCGCACCAUUAUCAAGGACCUCAUCAAUGCCGACCAUGUGGACGAGGUGUCUAUUGUCGACAAUGCCACAACUGCCGCAGCCAUUGUCCUUCAGAACGUUGGCUGGGCCUUUGCUGACGGCCGCUUCCAAAAGGGUGAUGCUGUUGUCAUGCUCCACUGUGCCUUCCAGGCCGUCAAGAAGUCUAUUGAGGCUUAUGUUACUCGGGCAGGGGGGUCUGUCAUCGUGGUUCACUUGCCGUUUCCUGUGAAUUCCAAUGAAGAAAUCAUUGCUGAGUUUCGGAAAGGGUUGGCCAGAGGUAAGGCCAAUGGUAAAAAAGUUAGGCUAGCCAUAAUUGAUCAUAUAACAUCCAUGCCCUGUGUUGUGAUUCCUGCUCGUGAGUUGGUUAAGAUUUGUAGAGAAGAAGGCGUGGAGCGUGUGUUUGUAGAUGCGGCUCAUGCUAUUGGUAGUAUUCAUGUAGAUGUUAAGGAAAUUGGAGCAGACUUUUAUGUGAGUAAUUUGCAUAAAUGGUUUUUUUGUCCACCUUCUGUGGCUUUUUUGUACUGUCGUAAAUCACCUUUAUCACCUGACUUGCACCAUCCUGUGGUUUCACAUGAAUAUGGGAAUGGACUGGCCAUAGAGAGUGCGUGGAUUGGAACUCGUGACUAUAGCUCUCAGCUGGUUGUUCCUGAUGUUGUAGAAUUCAUUAAUAGGUUUGAAGGGGGUCUUGAGGGAAUUCAGAAGAGGAACCAUGAUGCAGUUGUGGAAAUGGGAACAAUGUUGGCUAAGGCUUGGGGAACAAAUCUUGGUUCCCCUCCAGAGAUGUGUCCGAGCAUGGUGAUGAUUGGUUUACCUUCGAGAUUGGAAGUCUUGAGUGACGAUGAUGCAUUGAAGUUGAGAACACAUUUGCGAGAUCAUUUUGGGUUGGAAGUCCCCAUACAUUUCCAGAUGACAAGAGAUGGAGAGAUCAGAGCUGCUGAUGGGGAUGGCUGUAUAACAGGUUAUGUUCGGAUUUCUCAUCAAGUGUACAAUACACUUGAUGAUUAUGUCAGGCUAAGAGAUGCAAUUAAUCAACUUCUCAGUGAUGGAGCGGUGUGCAAGAUGCUUUGAAGAGAGUGAAGAGGUACAUAUCCGUAUCAUGAACAUGGCACUUGCAAAUAUUUGCCGAUGUCCAUGACUUUGCCCUGAAUCUGAAUGAUGGAAUCUUAGAGGAAACCAAACGGCCAAACGAAGAUCAUAGUUUGUACUCCUCACUGGAAACCUUUGAGGGCUGUGUCAUUGCUAAACGACUAAAAAGCUGACAUAGCUGUGUAUGAGCAUUGUUAUAUUUCUGUUGGGUUGUGACAAUAAAUUUGUAGUGUUGGUGGCUUUUAUCCUUGAAAAUUGAGAAGCAAAAUACUCUUGGAUUGCAAUAUGCUUUCUUGAAGUUAAUUGUAGGAUUCAUCGAUCCCGUUUCACUGGAUCAGUUUUUGAGCUUUUAGCUUGUAGAUGCCUUUGAAACCUUUUUGCAUUCGGUGAUGCUAUUGUAAAUAUGAGCAUUUACUUUCUGAUAUAUGACGACGGCUUACUGACUCCUACUCAAUGUAUUUAUCUUCUUAGAAUAAAUGGAGUUACGGGAUA